AUGCUGAAGCACCACCAAGGCUACCAUCCCCAGCAGGCCCCACACACCUGCACCACCUGUGGAAAGCGCUUCAGCCAGAAGGUCGGCCUCACAGCCCACCGCCGUGUACAUGUGUGGGAGGAGACCCCCAGCGCUACAGGGGAUGGGCAUCCCCGCACCACCCUUGGUGGUACCCACACAUGCAGCCAGUGUGGGAAGAUGUUCACCAAGAAGGGAAACCUGGCCAACCACCAGCAGGCUCAUGCUGAGGGCCAGGGUUACCACUGUAGGGCUUGCGGCAAGGGCUUCGCCAAGCACGGGGAGCUGACCCAGCAUGAGCAGACCCACACCGGGGAGAAGCCCUAUGGGUGUGGGCAGUGUGGCAAGCGCUUUGCCCAGCGCACCCAGCUGGUCACCCACCAGCGCAUCCACACCAGCGAGCGGCCCUACCCCUGCAGUGACUGUGGCAAGGGCUUCCGUCAGAAGAUCGCCUUGGUCAAGCACUGCCACGUCCAUGAGCGUGGCAGGGACAAGGGAGGUAGCGAAGGCAUCAGUGCCAACAUCAGUGCCAAUGUUGACACCAAUGCCACCAACACCAAUGACAGUGUCAAGACCAAUGCCAAGGUCAAUGCCAAUGCCAAGGUGGAUGGCAAAGAUGAGGAGAGCCUGGCUCUCCCCUGUCAGAGGCUCCCCGUUGGUGAGUGGCCCUUCUCCUGCAGUGAGUGUGGGAAGGGAUUUGCCCAGAAGGCUCAGCUAGUAGUCCACCACCGCAUCCACACCGGGGAGCGCCCCUUCCUCUGCGCUGAUUGCCCCAAAGAUUUCAUCAACAAGUCUCACCUUGUUGUCCACCGCCGUAUCCACACUGGCAAGCGCCCCUUCCCCUGUGCUGCCUGCAGCCGAGCCUUCACCCAGAAGGUCACCCUCAUCACCCACCAGCGGGUCCACACACGGGAACACCAGCCACCACGAGCCCCAGUUGCCCUUGGACCCCAGGGUGAGGAAUGGCCCUUCACCUGUGCCAUCUGUGGGAGAGGUUUCCACAAGGAGAUUGCCCUGAUCACCCAUCGGCGAGUCCACGCCAAGUAUGAGCCCAACCGCUGCAGCAAGUGUGGGCAAGUCUUCCCUGACAGGGCCCAGCUCCGGCUCCACCAGCCCUCCCAUGCCAAAGACCGACCAUUCAAGUGUGCCGCAUGCGGGAAGGACUUCAAGAGGAAAGAGAUCUUGAUUACCCACCAGUGGGUCCACACAGGAGAGGUGCCCUUCCAGUGCCCCCUGUGCAGCAAAAGCUUCUCACAGAAGGCCAACCUCAUGAAGCACCAGCUCACUCACACCCGCCCGGGCCUGUUUAUCUGCUCCGACUGUGGGCAAAGGUACACCACCAUUGGACAUUUCAAGAGGCACCAGAAGAACCACCUCAAGAAGCAAAGUCCUCCUAAGCCAGUGGGUGACCACUGCAGCCUCAUCAUUGUGGUGAAGACAGAGGCUGAUGCUGAAGACUACGAGGUCCUACAGGUCCCAUGA